AUGGGCGCAGCGGCGACGCGAUAUUCCUUGGCAUCGACAUGUUUUCGCCUCCGUUCGUUUGUGAUUCAUCCGUUGUCGGAAACUGUUGCACAAGCGCCCAGUGCACACGGAGAAAACACUGCUCCCCGACGGUCGCUCCAUCUGCGAUACUACACCCAGCAGUCAGCGUCCUCGACCGUUUUCUCAGGCACACGCUCGUCAUACCACUCACUCACUGCACACAUGCACGGCGGAGAGACACACAUCCACCCGCCGGAUAUCUCCCGCAAGGUACGCCGCACGUCAGUUGGCCAGGUCGCAUUCGAUGGACGGCACAGCAGCACACCUCUGCACUUCCUGGCACUUUAUCCGGCCAACCAGCACUCGCAACAACCCGUCCUCCGUUUCUUGAUUCUCGACGCCAUGAGUCCUCCUUGCCUGUUCCUGUUCCCCGAUGCUGUUGAUGUGCACCCGUCCGUCCACACUGCUCAGGCACCCGACCCUGCGAAAGCUUACAUCCUUUGCUGA